AUCAUUCUCCGUUUCUUUGCUCCGUUCCAAUCACUAUUUACUUCUGUAUCCGUCUUCUUCUUUUGGAUGAAUCCGUCUUCUAACUCUUUAUGUUUGAUAUUGCAUCUUCAAGACUUUUGAUGAACAUAUCCGGUUAUUACCUCAAAUAACGCCCACUUUUUUUAUUCUUUAAAUUCAGAAUUACGUCCAAAAUUCUAAAAAUAGUCUAUUUGGAGAAAAAAAAAUCGUGUAUGUUAUCUCUAGAAUUUCUUGAUCUAUUCAGAUAAGCGACUACUAAAAGCUUAUAAGUAUUGCAGAAUAGUUUCUAAAUUCGCAUUUAUUCCAUAUUUUUCCCCCCCACCGUAUCUAAGGUAAAACAUGGCUGCUGUCGCCGUUGCAAAAUUAGAUGUCCUGAGUUCUCAUAUUAAGCAAGAGAGAUUAAGGCCUGCCGUUAAAUUGGUGCGUAGCAUCCGUUCAAAAGAUGAGAAGCGAAAGAGAGAAACUGUUGAAGAUGCGAGGAAGAAACUUCCUGUUAUGAAGAAAAAAGUGAAAGAGAAUGUAAAAGUGAAACGACAAUCAAGUAGUGAAGCAGAUAAAGAAGAAGCCCUGAGGCGAUGUUUGAAAACCGUUAAAGUGGCCAAAAAUCAACUGAACGAUGGUCUUAUUUUGCAGCUGAAGAAGCUUUAUCAUUUGCCGCUAGAAUCUUAUGAAUCGCAAUCUUUAGAAUUCCUGAAAGUUCGAGCAGAUUCUCAAACUCUGGACUUGUGGUUUUUAUCUGAGCACCUUAAGAAGUACGAUGUUGUUGCCAAACAGAUGAUAAUAGAGAGCGUGAACGACUACGAGUACCAGGAAUCACUUAAAGAAACAAAAAACCAGAUCAAUCAAGUGAUGGCGAUAUUGGAGUUCACAGCCAUGUGGAUAGCGAAUAAAUUUUCCCCUGAAACUGGAUAUCCACCUUUGCCAGAUGAGUUGAAAGCUGGCUCUAGUAGAUCCCGAAGACAAAACCGUGACUAUUUAUUUGUCAAAGAAUAUAAAAACUUUUUAGAUAUAAUAGAAGAAUUUCUGAAGAACUAUUAACAAAGGCCCUCUCACAUGAGAAGUUUUAGCAAUAAAUAAUUUAAUUUUCAGAGCUGUUCGGACAUUCUUUAGAAGAACUAUUAACAAAGUAACUGUCAGACGACAAGGCUAUUACCAAUAAAUUAUUUAAUUUUCAA